AGUGUCCUCUGCAAUCUGCCAAACCGAAAACAACAACUCUCCUGCCCUUCGGUCUUUCCACCCCUCCCCCCUCAGAAAAUCCACGCGUCUUCUAUCUUCCUCUCUUUCUUUCUUUCAGUCCGUCUAAUAGCAAUAGAGCACCGAGAAUGGGAGAGAAGGCAACCAUGGCAAAGGCUAGACAGGAGCUCGAAGAAUUGUACCUGGGCAUCCCCGAUGAGUCGGUUAACUUGACAUUCCAGGACCUUGCUGAUGUGAAGAAGCAUGUCCAUCGUCAUCCUCUUCAUGUUCUCUCCUCCUCCUCCUCCUCCUCCUCCGCCACCGCUGCCGCCUCAGACGCCAUCUAUGAAAAAAGACCUACAAAAUCAGAUGAUGCAGCAGCAGCAGCAGCAUCUGCAUCUCCUGUCAUCAGGAAACUGCCGAGUCUUGAUUUCAGCAGAGGCUUGCAAGCAUCAAACCUUCACCAUCCCCUUAAUCAUUCUGACCAACUCUCCAGGGACACCUGGGAUUCUCCAAUAGGCCAUCGAUCCUAUGUCAGCGAUGAUGAUAAUGCCGAGACCCGACAUGGACAUAGCCGUGCAAGCUCCGGCAGAAACACUCAUUUGGACAUGAGGCGUCCAGGUAUGGUGGAGAACAUCAGCAUGGGUCGUGAUGACCUGAUGAGCAUGAGCAUGAGCAUGAGCGUCAGCAUGGCCACUCAUGGCCAAAGACGGCGACCCGGCAUCCCCCACUCCAAUAUCUGCACCAUCUGCUCCACUUACAUCUACAUGUUCCGACAUCGCUGCCUCGUGUGCGGAAGAGUAUACUGCAGGCAGUGCGUGAGCAUAGGCAUGGGAGAGAUGACCGAAGGCAGAAAAUGCAUCGAGUGUCUCGGCCGGAGAUUCAGCCAAAGGUACAUCCAGAGAGCAGGCCAGAUUGGGUGCUGCUCUAGGUAUCCAAGCAUAGUGAAGCAAGCAGAGCUGAAAUGGGCUGAGAAAGGACCAAGGAGGACCGCCGAUAGAGCAUAUGGCCGCGGCGGCCGUGGCGGCAUGGUCUCGGGUUCCAGAAGCCCUGUCACCCCGAGAACCCCCAGCAGGGCCCACCCCAGCAGCAUCAGCAUCAGCCCAAGCAAUCCUCAUUCCUUUGUCUACUCCCCUUACUCUCCUCACCGCCACCAUAUGCCUUUCUAAAUUUCACCAAGACUCGUCGAUUUGAUCUCGUUCCUUUUGCAUUGCCUUUCUGAUCAUUUAUAUUAUUUGGGAUCUUACUAAUGGGGAAGAGGAUCAUCUCUGACCACAGUUGGGCAUCUAUU